AUGUCUUUCGAGUUCAAGGCAAACACUGUUAGAGAUGACCCGUUCGAUGAUGAGGUCCGUAGCCACGAGCAUGAUACAAAAUAUGGCAACAAAUGUCGAGAGCAACUCAUCUCUUAUGCUGCGAAGAUGUUCGCUCAUCAGCAUCGUGUGUUCUGGUACUCGGUGGUCAUCCUUCAAAAUGAUGCUCGCAUCUUACGGUGGGACAGGUCUGGGGCGGUCUUCACUGAGAAGUUCAGCCUUUGGGCAAAUCCAGAGAUCCUCGGGGAGUUCUUGUGGCGAUUCUCUCACUCAAGGCCCGUGGACCAAGGUUAUGAUCUGACUGCUACAUUGGUUCCCGAAGAUUCGGAAUAUUAUCAUUUGAUGACGCAAGUUGCUGAGACGAAACUGGCUGCUGGAGACUAUGUGCGGCAGUACUUCAGGAAUUCGCUCAUCAAGGAGUGGCCGUGGUGGAGGCUGCGAAUCGACGAGGAGUUGGCCUAUCUCGAGAUGGACAUGAUGCAAGUGUAG